AUGUCUGCUGCCAGUGAAUCGAAGCAAUCCACUGAGGUGCUUGCUGAGCUUUUCAGCAAGUUGACCGUCGCCACCGCCGAGGAUCGCGAUGCUGCUGCCGCCAACGUGUCGUCCUUCUUGAACGGUUCGAUCAUCGAGCACGAUGUUCCAUACGAGUUCUUCCAGAAGCUCGCCGCUUCCAUCAAGGACAAGAAGGCUUCGAUCAAUGCCCUUGAGGCCGUCUCCCACAUCGCCUCUGCUGCCAACCUCUCGCCUUCUGUCGAGCCAUACAUCAUCGACCUUGUUGAGGAGAUCUCGACCAAGAGUGGUGACAAGCAGAACGACGUCAGAGACGUUGCCGCCAAGACCCUCCUCGCCAUCUCUAAGGCCGUUACCCCAACCUCCAUCAAGGUGCUCUUGCCAAAGCUCACCAACGCUUUGUCUACCACCAGCAAAUGGCAGGAGAAGAUUGCCGUUCUUGACGCCAUCACCGCUCUCGUUGACAACGCCAAGGACCAGCUUGCUCUGCGUAUGCCUGAGUUGAUCCCGGUCUUGUCUGAGGCUAUGUGGGAUACCAAGGUUGAAGUCAAGAAGGCUGCCACUGCCACCAUGACCAAGUGUACUGCCACUAUCGACAACAAGGAUAUCGAGCCUUUCAUUCCAAAGCUCAUUACCUCGAUCGCCAACCCAACUGACGUUUCCGAGACCGUGCACAUCCUGGGUGCCACCACCUUUGUUUCUGAGGUGACCACCGCCGCUCUCUCCAUCAUGGUGCCUUUGCUGUCCAGAGGUCUCGCCGUCCGUGAUACCUCCAUCAAGCGUAAGGCUGCCGUCAUUGUCGACAACAUGUGUAAGCUCGUGGACGAUCCUCAGGUUGUUGCUCCUUUCAUGGAGAAGAUGUUGCCAGCUUUGAAGGCUAACUUUGCCACCAUCGCUGACCCAGAAGCCCGUGAGGUCACCCUCAGAGCCCUGACCACCUUGAAGAGAGUCGGUGCCGUUGGUGACGACGACAUUCCACCAGAGGUGUCCACCGCCGGUGAUGUCCAGGUCAACCUCGACAUUCUCAACGACUUGACCAAGGAAGAGAAGGUCGGUGCUCGUUUCGAUCUCGUCAAGAUCUACGUUGCUGCCAUUGCCGGUGACCUCAUCGACGAGAGAAAGACCGAGAUCGAGGACUGGUACGCCAACCUCACUCCUUUCCUUACCAUCUUCUUGCACGAGGCCCAGGCCAAGGCUAUUGUUGAGAGCUUCAGAACCCAGGCCGUCAACAACAUUCCAAAGCCUCCUUCUUUCGAGGACGAAGAUGACGAAGGUGAAGACCUCUGUAACUGUGAGUUCUCGCUCGCCUACGGUGCUAAGAUCUUGCUGAACAAGACCCAAUUCCGUCUUAAGAGAAACAGAAGAUACGGUUUGUGUGGUCCUAACGGUUCCGGUAAGUCCACCCUUAUGAGAGCCAUUGCCAACGGCCAGGUCGAGGGUUUCCCAACCCAGGACGAGUGUAAGACUGUCUACGUCGAGCACGACAUUGACGGAACUGAGGCUGACACCUCUGUCUUGGACUUCGUCUACGGUACCGGUGAGGUUGCCUCCAAGGAGGAGAUCUCCAAGAACCUGACUGAGUUCGGUUUCUCUGACGAGAUGAUCGCCAUGCCAAUUCAAUCGCUUUCUGGUGGUUGGAAGAUGAAGUUGGCUCUUGCACGUGCCGUGCUUAAGAAGGCCGACAUCUUGUUGUUGGAUGAGCCAACCAACCAUUUGGAUACCGUUAACGUUGCCUGGUUGGUCAACUACUUGCAGACCUGUGGUAUCACCUCCAUUGUUGUCUCCCACGACUCCGGUUUCUUGGACAAGGUUGUGCAGUACAUUAUCCACUACGAAGGUUUCAAGCUAAGAAAGUACAAGGGUAACCUUUCUGAGUUCGUCAGAAGAGUUCCAUCCGCCAAGUCUUACUACGAACUCGGAGCCUCCGAGGUUGAGUUCAGAUUCCCAGAGCCAGGUUACCUUGAGGGUGUCAAGACCAAGCAGAAGGCUAUCGUCAAGGUCCAGAACAUGACCUUCCAGUACCCAGGUACCACCAAGCCACAGUUGACCAACAUCAACUUCCAGUGUUCGCUUUCCUCGCGUAUUGCUGUUAUUGGUCCUAACGGUGCCGGUAAGUCCACCCUGGUCAACGUUUUGACCGGUGAGCUUUUGCCAACCAGCGGUGACGUUUACGUCCACGAGAACUGUCGUAUUGCCUACAUUAAACAGCAUGCUUUUGCCCACAUCGACUCGCAUCUCGACAAGACUCCAUCUGAGUACAUCCAGUGGCGUUUCCAGACCGGUGAGGACCGUGAGACCAUGGACCGUGCCUCUAGACAGAUCAACGAGAACGACGAGAAUGCUAUGAACAAGAUCUUCAAGAUCGAUGGUACUCCACGUCGUAUCGCUGGUAUCCACUCCAGAAGAAAGUUUAAGAACUCUUACGAGUACGAGUGUUCUUUCAACCUGGGUGAGAACAUCGGCAUGAAGAACGAGCGUUGGGUCCCAAUGAUGUCCGUUGACAACGCCUGGUUGCCAAGAGGAGAGCUUAUGGAAACUCACUCCAAGCUCGUUGCCGAGGUUGACAUGAAGGAGGCUCUUGCCUCUGGUCAGUUCCGUGCUCUUACCAGAAAGGAGAUCGAGUCGCACUGUGGUAUGAUGGGUCUUGACGCCGAGUUGGUGUCGCACUCGCGUAUCAGAGGUCUCUCCGGUGGUCAAAAGGUCAAGUUGGUCUUGGCUGCUUGUACUUGGCAAAGACCUCACUUGAUCGUUCUUGAUGAGCCAACUAACUACUUGGACCGUGACUCUUUGGGAGCCCUGUCCAAGGCCAUCAAGGCUUUCGAGGGUGGUGUCGUCAUUAUCACUCACUCUGCCGAGUUCACCAAGGAGUUGACCGAGGAAGUUUGGGCCGUUACCAACGGUACCAUGACUCCAUCUGGUCACAACUGGGUCCAAGGUCAAGGUGCUGGUCCUCGUCUCGAGAAGAAGGAUGACGAAGGCGACAAGUUCGAUGCCAUGGGUAACAAGAUUGCUUCUGUCAAGAAGAAGGCUAAGUUGUCUUCUGCUGAGCUCAGAAAGAAGAAGAAGGAGAGAAUGAAGAAGAAGAAGGAACUGGGUGACGCUUACGUCUCAUCCGACGAGGAAUUUUGA